AAAGGCUCUUCUUCUUCCGUGACUCGGGCAGCCGUGAGCAGAGCCAACCCGGAGGAGAAUGGCAUCCCGCUCGGCGUCCGCCGCUCGGUCUCAAAACCCGGCCACCUACUUCCGAAGGAGCCGGCCGUUUUUCGUGGCGGUGAUCGCGGGCGCGAUGCUCUACUACGGGUGUGCUGUCUUGGCACCUUUAAUAAUCCCCUAUGACAGUCUUGGUCCAUUAGGAAGAUUCACAAGAUAUCUGCAGGAGAACCACAGAACUGUUUUCCGUGGAGGAUAUGCGGUGGCUUGGUUAAUUCAUGUCGGAGAAGCGUGUUUAAGUAUCUGGUUAUGCAAUAAGAAAGGCAUCACGGACAGCAAGACGCAGCUUUUGUGGUUCAUUCAAACGCUGCUCUUUGGCUUCGCUUCGCUUUAUUUCUUGGUAGUUUACAAGCCACCCAAGAAAACCCAGUGAAGAAUUGGAAGCGGAAAAGGAAACCGAAAUGGGGUGAUAUAUUGCCCUAAACACCGAAGGAUCUCUCGGUAUUUUGGCAUUUCACCGAAAACACCUUUCAACUGUUGCCUGGAAAGACAAAAUAAAUAAAUAAACUUUGGUUUGGGGGCACCCUGGUGA